AUGAGUCAGGCCAACAAGGUGGUUCAAUUAAUAGAUGGCUACGCCCGAAAAGGUGGGAAAUAUCUGGCAUCCGGCUCGGUGACACUUGUUUGUUCAAACGAUGUGUUUAUUCUUGUGGAUUGUGGAGAUCCUUGGAACGGAGAAGAAGUUUUGCAGAGGCUGAAGGCUGUUGGCUUAGAGAAAGAAGACAUCAAUAUAGUUGUUGUUACACACGGUCAUAUGGAUCAUUGCGGUAAUUUGGCUCUAUUCAAAGAUGCCAAACUUUACAUGGCAUCUGAUAUAGCAGUCAAUGGAGAAUACGAUACCCUUGAGGAAAAUCCCAUAUUGCUUGCAAAUGACGUUGAACUCCACCGUUGUCCAGGACAUACCGAUCAUGAUCUCAUAGUCGUUGUAAAAAAUACAGAAAUUGGAUGUUUCGUCAUUGCUGGAGACAUCUUUGAAAAUGAAAACGACGCUGAUGAAUGGAAGGCUGUGUCAGCUUAUCCACAAAAGCAAGAGAAAAGUCGGGAAAAAAUCUUGCGGUUGGCCGAUUGGAUCAUUCCCGGACACGGCAAGUUGUUUGAGAAUGUUCUGAAGAAUAAGUUUGCUGCAAAUGAGCACUCUCUAGAGCCAUGUAAAUAUAUGAUUUGAACGGGUAUGAUAUUUUCGUGAUAAUUUUGCACUUUUUUUCAUCAUUUUGUGCUGUGUUUACCCAACCUUCGAUGUCAGAGUCACUCUUGUUUAUCAUAUUUAUAUUUUUUUGAAAAUUAUUCCAAUGAUUAUUUUUGAUAAUUGCUAUUUUUGACUGGUUGUAAAUAAAUGUUUCAUUCGU